GAGUUAGGCUUGUGGCGGUCUAAGUUUAGUGGUUAUAUAUGGGAUUGAUUGAUCCUCGUUCCGUUCCAAGAUACCUCGGGCGGGCUCUGAAUAAUACCGUUUUCGCUAACUUUACUGUCUACCAAAGAAUCUCCCAAUUAUCGCCGAUCAACGUCGCAAACCGACAACAUGGCGGAACAAACGUCACCUACCCCGGCCGCCAGCCGCGAUAAGCUUGAAGCGCAGAUCAAGUCGGCAGAUAUGACGGAAGACAUGCAGCAAGAGGCGAUUGACGUGGCUCAAGAGGCGAUGGGAAAGUGCACCAUCGAGAAGGAUAUCGCCCAGCACAUCAAGCGAACGUUCGAUGAACGAAAGGGCCCUACUUGGCACUGUAUUGUUGGACGAAACUUCGGAAGCUUUGUUACUCACGAGACAAAACAUUUCAUCUACUUUUACCUAGGACACUGUGCCAUUCUAUUAUUCAAGACCCAGUAAAGGGAGACUGGUG